CAGAAUAUCAGGCUUGAUCAGUGUCACGAUCACAUCUUUGCGUCAAUGAUAUUUAUUUAUAACAGAUUAUAAAACAAGGCUAUAAAACGUCAUUCUACAUUAGAUAAAACAAUACUGUUAUUUUUUAGAUUGUAUAUUUCUGACACAGUCGUGCCAAUACAGUCCUUUAAAUUGAAAUGGAUAAAACAAUGUUCAACUUCAUCGUCCAAUAAUUCCGAAGUUUGAAGAAUCGCCCUCAUAUAGGCUACAGUAGGCUUGUUAUAAGUUUUUUGUGGUGCACUGAAGCUGUGACAUUGAACGUUGGUUUUCCAUGUAUUCUCUCUCUCUCUCUGUUUUCUGCACUUUUGCGCGCGUCUGAUCACAUCAGUCUGUUAAUUGUUGUCGUGUCGACUUAAAGACUCAUUUCCCACAAAAGGGAAUCUAAUUAUUUUCUUUUCUCUUACACGUUUACCGCCAACAUCGCCUUAUUCGCACAUGGGUGCCAAACGCGCGCUCAUCCUCCGCGCUUUGCCACUUGCGUCCCUUUGAACUUUGCGCUCGUAAAGAUCUGGGGUAUAAAAACAACUGUAACACACAGAGGGCCAUUUUCUCCGAGACAAGAGAGGAUAUGGCACAGAUCGAUGGCUGGGUGGACAUCGACGUCGCUACGGCAAAGAUUUUGUCCCGUUGGGAGUGGAGGAGAGAGGAAAGGACGUCUGGAGACGCGUCCUCGCCGGAGUCCUCCUUUGAAUCCAUGUGCUCGUCCCCGGAGAUGCGCUCGAGCCCCGAUGGAUGCCCGACGUACACGCCGUCCGGACGCAAACACGCCCGCAUCUCCGAGCAACAGAAGCCCAAAGUGAAGAUGAGCAUGAAGAGGAGGAUGAAGGCGAGCGAGAGGGAGAAGCUGCGCAUGCGCAGUCUGGCGGAGGCGCUGCAUCAGCUGCGGGAUUACCUGCCGCCGGUGUACAGCAGGAGAGGACAGCCGCUCACCAAGAUCCAGACCCUCAAAUACACUAUCCAGUACAUCAAAGAACUCUCCAGCAUCCUUGACCAGCAAUGAGAACAUUCACAUUUAUUUACCUUCACUGGAAAAGGACUGCAUGCGUUUGAUUGACACUCGCAUGGAGCAGAAAAUACGGUGAUUUUUUUG